AUGUCAUUUAAGUUCCCAUCAUUAAAAUCUAUUCAAGAUACUAUUGCCAGUUAUGAUUUUGAAUCAAUUUCUAAACAAACUGGUAAAACUUAUGAAGAAUUUUCCAAAACCAUUCAACCUUUCACUCAUAAAACCAGUGAAAUGUUAACUACUCAAUUGAAUCAAAUUCAACAAUUUGCUAAUGCUAACCAAAAUAUUGAAGUUAGUGAAUUACCAAAAGAUUAUUUAGAAUUAGAAGAAAACUGUGAUCUUUUAUUGAACUUAUACACUGAAUUGAUUCAUUUCACUAACGAUACUUUUGCCAAAGUAAGUUACGAUUAUCCUCCAGCAAACGGAUCAUUAAAUAAAUUCAGAGAAAAUGUUUUGGGUAAUAAAUUCAAUCAACUCAAAAGUGUUUCAUCUCCACAAGAAUUAGAGAAUUUAUUAUUAGGUAAAGAUGAAAAGAAAGAAGAAACUGCUGAAGUUCAAGUUGUUCAAGUUCCAAAAACUUUAUAUGGACAAUUAUCCAAAAUUUGUGAAAAAUAUCAAACCGAAAUGAAAAAUUCAGAUUCCCCUUUGAAUUUCGCUUUAUUACAAGUUUCUUCUACUUAUUUAGAAAUUGCUCAAAGUAGAUUAGAUAUGGAUAAAAAAAUUACCAAUGAUUUAAACUUGAAAUUAGUCGAAGCUUUAAAUAAAGAAUUUAUCAAAGUUAAUGAAUUAAGAAAGAAAGUUUAUUCUAUAAGAUCAGAAUUUGAUUUAAAAAGAUCUAAAAUCAAUGAUGAAGAAAAUGACGAAUUGAUUAAAAUUGAAGAUGAAUUAGUUAGUGCUACUGAAGUUGCUGUUACCGAAAUGAAACAAUUGAUUCAACCAUCAAAAUCUGUUAACUUAUUGAAAGUCUUUGUGGCUGCUCAAAAGGAAUGGUUUGAAUUAUCAGCCAAAAAAUUGGAUUCCUUAUUAACUUCUUUAGAUAAGAUCAAAUUCGAUUAA